UUAUCUAGCACAUGGAAUCUAUAGUUUGCAGCAGUUGUGUAGAUACAGCCAUUGUAAUAAUAUAACAAAAAAAUGCGCGUUGCUAUUUUAAUCCUAAUAAUAACUCUGAAAGUAACAGAAAACUUCGCAAUCGAGAAGAGGGAACAACAUAAUGGCGAACAAAAGUUACUUUUAAGAAAAUUGCUGAGUUUACAACAAAACAAUUCGACGGAAAAAGCCUUGAUGUGGAACGAAAUUUUCGCAAAUGUGUUGGUGAACAAGAUAAAAAUACUGUUCAACAAACAACCUGAAUCCGGACUCGAAGACAAUCCAGAUGUCGUCACGAAGUUUGUGAGCCAGAUUAUAUCAUUGUAUGGCAAGUUGUUUUACAAAGUUAACGACAUAACACAUAACAGUGCAAUUGGGAAAAAUGAAGAAGAAAUUAAGGUUGAUGAAAUAGUUGACCCAAAGAAAGAAGUAGAAGAAGUCGAACCGAAAUAUCAUGGACGUUUAGAAAAUGUGACGGAAAACCUUGAUAUCGAUAAGAGGUCCGUGUGUCCCGAACACUCGGUGAGUGAUGGAAAAGGAAACUGCAUUGAUUCCGCAAAUUCUAGGUUUAUUAUGGCUAUACCGUACCAAUGUCCGAUCGGAUAUAGGAGGGACAGGCUAGGCUACUGCAGAGCAAUAUUUUGAAGAAAGGUAAAAAAUAGUAUGCAUAAAAGAAUAUAAAGCAUGCUAAAGUUACGAGA